ACGUCUCCGCGGAGAAUGUCCGCUUGCAUGACAAUUGUAGCGUGCCGGCAUUCAGAAAACGCAGCACCAGCAGACGACGCGGCUGAGCGAGCAGUACGUGAAGUGAUUCUCAACAAGGUGCAACGGCAGGAGGACUAAGAGGACUCAGACCAGCAGCAGGAGCAGGAUCUGGAGAGCAAGGACAUCCAAGGCACAUGCACGUCGAAAAGGCUUAGCACCUGCACCAGAGACGCAGACAGCAGCAGAGCCAACGCACGGAAUAAAAUUCCGUUCACUUUAACUGCCAUAUUUUUUUUUGCGCAAAUAAAAGGAGAAACAACCUCAUUGAUGUUGUAUGGUUGAACAAAAAAAAGAAACAUACAAACGGGUAAAAUCCCUGCCGCAACAAGGAAAAGCGAAAACCAGGCCACGCCACUAACAGCUAUCUUGUGGUCAAUUAUAAAACGAAAGUAAAAAAGGCGAAAAAACACAUAAAACAGAACACAAGUUAUCCGAAAAACAGCGGCAACAUUGCGACGUGGCCAUUGUGACCAAUAAUAAUAAUGGUUAUGUUGCUGCACUCGGUCCGCCAACUCCCGCCAUCAGCAGCAACGCGAACGCGGCGGAAAGUCCCGCCCACCAGGACGCAUACGUGGUCCCCACUGCUGGUGCUGGUCCUGGCUCUGACCCUAUCCGGAUGCACUGCAGCUGGAAUUAGCUACAGUAGCAAUAGCGGCAACCUCAGCUCAUCACAGCGCAGCCCCGGCUCGGGGCCAUCGACCAGCAACGGGGGACUCGUACUGAUCGGAUCCAGCAGCGCCACUUCCAGUUCCGUGCCCUCAUUAUCCCUCACUUCAUCAUCGUCGGCAGGUGGCUCCACGUCCUCCUCCUCCACCAGCAGUUCCUCCUCCUCGGGAGCCCCGGGCAGCGGUAGCGGUGGCAGCGGUAGUGGCAGUAACAACAACCGCAGUGGGCGGCCCUCCGGCACCAACUCCAACUUCAAUUCAAACUCGAAUCAUGAUCAAUUACCCGCCCAGCUAACCUCUCGGAUUAUCCAUGCACGCAAUGGCGCCAUAUCGGGCGUAAUUGUCCAAUUAGAUGGCCGGCACUUGGAUCCGGUGGAGGCGUACCGGGGAAUACCCUACGCCUCGCCGCCGGUCGGCAAUCUGCGAUUCAUGCCGCCCGUCUCGGCGGCCAUGUGGUCAAAUGUCAAAAAGGCGGACAGAUUCAGCCCCGUUUGCCCGCAACGACUGCCGGACAUCCACAACGAGACGGCUGCCCUGGAACGGAUGCCCAAGGGCAGGCUGGAGUAUCUGAAGCGAUUGCUGCCCUAUCUACAGAAUCAAUCAGAGGACUGCCUCUAUCUAAAUAUUUAUGUGCCCAUACAAGUUGGUUCGCGUGACUCCUCCGGCAGUUCUUCCUCCUCCUCGUCAUCCUCUUCAUCGGGAAGUGGAAGCAGCAGUUCAUCCUCCUCCUCCUCGUCUUCAUCGUCCUCUUCUUCGUCUGCCGGCGGAGGAAGUCCCACCAAGUAUCCUGUGCUGGUCUUUGUGCAUGGCGAAUCGUAUGAGUGGAACAGCGGCAAUCCCUACGACGGAUCCGUGUUGGCCAGCUAUGGACAAAUAUUGGUGGUAACCAUAAAUUAUCGCCUCGGAGUGCUGGGCUUCUUGAACGCCAACACGGACCGCUACUCGAAGCUGCCGGCCAAUUACGGGCUGAUGGACAUCAUAGCGGCGCUGCACUGGCUCAAGGAGAACAUCGAGGCCUUCGGCGGGGAUCCCAACAGCAUCACUCUGGCGGGCCACGGAACUGGGGCGGCCUGUGUGCACUUUCUCAUCUCAUCGAUGGCCGUGCCAGAGGGCCUGCUUUUCAAUCGCGCCAUCCUGAUGUCCGGCUCAGGCCUGGCGCCCUGGUCGCUGGUCAGCAACCCGGCCAAGUACGCCGCCAUCGUGGCCCAUCACGUGAACUGCGCCUCCGACCUCCCACACGCCCACCUGAUGAAGUGUCUGCGCGAGAAGACGCUCGAGCAGCUGCUCAGCGUUCCCAUCCGGCCGCCGGAGUUUGGCUUUGCCUUCGGUCCCAGCAUUGACGGCGUGGUCAUCGAUGGUGGCGAUUACGUGCCUCCUGCCCCCGGGUCGCCGGCUGCCCAAGCUCAGGCGCAGGCUUCUACGGCGGCGGGUAAUGGACUCGGCGGGGAGGCGGGAAUCGCAGCAGCCGGAGGCUGGGGGACUCCUGGGCAACUGGAGAAUAUCGUAUUAAUGAGAAAAACUGCCAUUAACAAGUUGUCAAGAUACGACCUGAUGGCCGGCGUGACACGUGCGGAGGCCUUUUUCAGCUUCAAUUCGGGCGACGUGCAAUAUGGCAUCGAGGCGGAUCGACGGUCGAGAAUUUUAAAGGCCUACGUACGCAACACGUACACGUUCCAUUUGAACGAGAUAUUCGCAACGAUUGUCAAUGAGUAUACGGAUUGGGAGAGGCCCGUUCAGCAUCCAAUUAAUAUCCGGGACGAAACACUGGAGGCACUGAGCGAUGCUCAGGUUGUGGCCCCGGCAGCUCAAACGGUGGAUUUGCAUUCGGCAGAUCAUCGCAACUCGUACCUGUAUGUGUUUGACUACCAGACUCGCUUUGGCGAUUAUCCUCAGCGCCAGGGUUGCAUUCACGGCGAGGACCUGCCCUAUAUCUUCGGUGCACCGCUCGUUGGCGGCUUCAAUCACUUUACGCGCAACUACACGAAAACCGAAAUCAGUUUAUCAGAAGUCGUGAUGUUCUACUGGUCCAACUUUGUGCGAACUGGCAAUCCAAAUGAGCAAAUGGAGCCGGAGCAUGGCAGUCGCCAAGAGCGGAGUCGCUACAAGACCAUCGAGUGGACGGCCUACGAGAGUGUGCACAAGAAAUAUCUCAAUUUCGAUACCAAACCCAAACUGAAGAACCACUAUCGAGCACAUCGCCUAUCCUUCUGGCUGAACCUCAUCCCGGAUCUGCACAAGCCUGGUGGCGACAACGUGCCGGCUGCUCACCACCAGCUGCGGGACGAUGACGACGAGGACAACAAUAUACCCAACGAUGCCUCCGUUAAGCCCCUCAAUCCACCGUACACUUCACGGGCUGCCAAUGCAGCGGCCAUGGGCAAUUUCACGAUCUUUACCAACCAGGUCUUCUCUCUGCUCAACCUGAGUUCCCCCUCGUCCUCGCUGCAGAGGAAUGGCACCCGUUACGGUGGCGCUAAGAUAUAUCCGGAUGAUAUGAUGGAUGGCGAUCAUGGAGGCGGUGGUGGGGCCGCCAGUGCAUCGCAGGACAAUGAUGGAUUCGCCGCCUAUUCCACGGCUCUGAGUGUCACCAUAGCCAUAGGGUGUUCCCUGCUGAUCCUGAAUGUCCUCAUCUUUGCCGGGGUGUACUAUCAAAGGGACAAAACCCGGCUCAGUGAGCCCCGACCGCAGACCAAGCUAAAGAGGCAGGAGAACGGCCAGAUGCCGAACAACAUAUGCGGCGAUUUGGAGACGCUGACCAUUCAUGCCAAGAGCGAUCCCGCCACCAUAUUGUCGCACCACCACGCCAUGCAGCACCACCAGCUUCCGCCACCGGAGUUCGCGGACAUACCCCACCGGGCUCCACCGCCGCCUAAGCACAUGAAGUCCCUGCAGGAUCCCGGCGGCGGUGGCUCAGUAAGUGGAGCCGUGGGUGUUUCUGGCGUGGUGCAGAUGCCACCGCCCCACGCUCUGCAGGUAAUGGGCAACCAGUGCGGCACACUGACAAAAAAGAGCUGCAUGAAGCAGACCCAGCAAGCCCAGGCCCAGCAGCAUUCGCCCGCACAGCAGCAACAGCAGCAGCAACAUGUGGUUACCCAUCAGCAACAUUUGCAGAAUCAUCAUAAUCAAAGCAUGACCACUGUGCUGACCACGGCCGGUGGCCUAGUGGUACCUACGCCGCCUACAGUGCCGGUGAUUGUGGCCACCACCACGCAGCACCAGCAACACCAGCAGCAGCAACACCAGCAGCAGCAGCAACAGCAACAGCAGCAGCAACUUCCGCUGAUGGACGAGCUGCGUGUGUGACAUUAAUUGACCGUGCGUUUUAAAUGCGACCUCUAAACGCACAGCGUCCCUAAUGCCUCAAGCCCCCUUCCCAUGCUGUUUCCAUAGGUAGAUGUGUAAGUAAAUGUCGGGAGCCAGAGCUGUGUCUAUUCAAUACACACAGAAAGAAGCUCCUAAUCUUCAAACUCUGUUGCUAGUUGGUUCUUCAAGAAUUACCCUGUAAAUAGUUACCUAAGUGUAGAUUGUUGUCGAACUCAUUAUCAAGAAGAGUCAACUUAACUGAGACUAAGCUGGAGAACUGUAUAGUUAUGCUUUACCUUUCCAUUAUUUUAUUUCAAUUUCUGUAGCUAUGGUAUAGGAAAUAUUUUUAAUUUUACGAGUAUU